AUUUUUGAGUCCCUGUUGUCUCAUUGGCGGCUUUCUCAACAGCUGCAAAACAUACUUUUAACUCUUAGUAGAAGUUCGGGUCACCUGCUACCAACGUGGAACAGUCACUCUCAGCAAGGGCUCUUUCAGCGGACAAUUCUCUAUAUUUACUGACUCGGGCUCCCGUGGCACCGCAAGCCGCACCGAGCUGCAGACGAGAGGCACUGGGCCUGGAAGGACGAUGCUGCGCGGAAAGUCCCGGCUCAACGUAGAGUGGCUGGGCUACUCGCCCGGCCUGUUCCUGGAGAAAGAGCCACCGGCGGCGGCACGGAAACCACGGAGCCCGCGCCGAAAUGAAAACUCUUUAGCUUCAACCCUCAAGACACUCCUGUUCUUCACAGCUUUAAUGAUCACAGUUCCUAUUGGGUUGUAUUUUACAACUAAAUCUUAUGUAUUUGAAGGUGCCCUCGGAAUGUCCAAUAGAGACAGCUACUUUUAUGCUGCAAUUGUUGCUGUUGUUGCUGUUCAUGUGGUUCUGGCCCUGUUUGUCUAUGUGGCCUGGAAUGAAGGUUCAAGACAGUGGCGUGAAGGCAAACAGGAUUAAAGUGAACAUCACCUUUUGAUAGCAUGAAAUUUAUUUUUGAAUAUGUUAAGUACUUCUGGGGUAUUGAUAAUUGAAUACAUUUUGUUUGAAUAAAGUUGAAAGAACAUGUUAAAAUCAAUCUUAAGCAGUCAGUCGCAUUUGGCUAAAUUCUGACCUACCCAAUAAUGUGGUUACUUUGAACUCUGAAUCUCCAUUUUCAUGAAAAUUUGGAAAAGUUAAAUAGGUACAAAUGUAUAUGUUAAAAGAGUUAUAUCCUAGGAAGAAUUUAAUUACCUUAACAAAUGUGUAGCAAUUUGUCUUAUACUUGCUUUUCAGUUUUAUUUAUUUGGGUAGAUUAAGAAACACUCAGUGAAGCAAAUCUAAAUUUCUCUUUUCACUGGUGGACUUCCUGGAAAAUACCAGACCCUUGGAUUUGAGAUUCUAAUUUCCUGUGGAAAGUUAUCUAAAUUGUAGGCAGUGUAGAUAAUCUGAAUGUCACUGAGGAAUGAUAACUCUCACAUUCCAUUAUUUAAUGGGGAAAGUUGCUGAAAUCAUACUUAUUCAUAUAGAGAAUUUAGGAUUAUUGAGGCAAAGAAUUGAGUUGGCUGUCAGCAUUGUGAUUAUCGUACUAACAUUGUGCCCUCAUUUUUCUUUGAAAUUAGGCUUCAGUUGCAAAGUUUAUCAAAAUUCCAUUUAAUGUGUUGUCCUACUUUAAAAUAGAUAGUAUAUGAUAAGUAUUAGAAUGCCAAAAUGUUCAUCUAUCACACAUAAGAAUAUAUACAGUCUUGAAAACAUCUAAUUUCUUACGAGGUAUUUUUGGAGUUUGUGUUGAUUUUUUUAAAAUCAGAGCUAAGUUACACCCUGUAUUUAUAGAUAAUCCUUCAAGUCUUUUUUGAUGAGAAUACCCCAGCCUCAGAAAAAAAAGUCCCUUUACCUUGUCUCGGUAACUUCAGUCUAUGGUCAGAUAAACCACUUGGUACUGUAUAUAUGCAAUCUAAAAAUGGUGUUCCCCAAAUAUUUAUUUAUUAAAAGUUCACAAUAUAUGUUCUAUAAAACACUGGAAAAAUACAUAUAAAAAUAGAAAGAAAGUAAAAAUUGGUCCAUAGUGUUACUACCUGCAGAUCAUCAGUAGUUCACAACCCCCAUGCAAUUUUGAAAGAUGUUUCUUAAUGCUAGUUCCAUACACACUACAACCUUGGUUUAAGUUUUGAUUUUGCCAACUUCACCAAAGAGCUAUUUUCAGUUUUGCAGAUAUGUGAUAACUUCCCAUUGUCUUACAAAGCACAUUCUAUCUCUAGUCUUCUAAAAUUUACAUUUCAAUAUUUUUACCAUAAAAUAAAAUUUUGAGAUAACUCAAUUUAAAUACUGUGUAAUAUGUACAUAUUUCAAAAAAUUACAUGGCACCCUAUAAGCUAUAUGCUUUUUGUUUUUAUAUACCAGUUAAAUUUAAUUGUAAAAAUGAAGAAAGUUCAGAUACCUGUUACUGAUAAUCCUAAUGUAAUGAAUGCUUCCCUGCUUAAAUGUUUGCCAUUAUUGAUUGUUUGUCUGCUGUUAUUUUUAUGUUGUGGAACUAGAAUAGAGAAAUAGGUGGUUAGACAUAAAGAUAUGUAUUAGCGUUAUAUUGUUGCAAAAAUAAGAUUAAUGUGAUUAUUGAAGGAUUGUUCUUAAUUCUUAAAUUUAACUAUUGUACGUAAUUUGUAUUUAAAAGUGAGUAUUCUAAAUAUAAGGAUCUUUAUUUUGUAAAGACUGCAAUUUUUAGUAUUAUGAAAUUUGAGUCUCAGACAUUGUGUGUUAGAUUUCUAGAUGGUUACCUUAUUAGGUGGCCUAUUGUAUUUAGAAUUGUCCACUCAGUUUCUUCUUAUAUAAUGCUGAGGUUUCUUUUUUCUUGUAUUUUAGGAAUCUUGUACUAUUUGUAAGAUACACUGUUGGGUUAUUCUUUUUGGUUUCAUACAUUCCUCACUAAAUAAUGGUACAGGUUUUUUUUAAAGUAUUUUAACCAAGGAUACAUGUAAACACAUGUAAUUUUCCCUUGGGAAUAAAGUACAAUGUGUUUGAACAUUAAAUUAAAUAUUCACAUUGAUAUUUAGAAUUAUUACAGAAUAGAUUUGUUUUCAAUGCUGUUAAUUGUUUUCUAGACUUUUGACUGCUCACUCAUGAUUUUGCUGCUGUUAGCUAUGUUAAUGAAUGUGGUAUUUGACAAGUAGACAUGUUUUUCAAGGUUUCUAACUAGAUCCCUUUUGCACAAAGUACAUAUUUCAUGAUGUGUUAGAAGAAAAGCUACAGUUGAACUGUUAAGUGUUUUCUGGCAGGAUUAUGUUCACUGAUGCUCUAAACCUAGUUGAAACAGUAAUCUCAAUUAGGGAGUAUAACUUGAAAUGUCAGUACAAGCUACUGAUUUUACCCCAUUUACUGUAACAAUAUCUUCCUUAUCUUCUGAUUUGUCUCCUAAAUAAUCUUUACCCCAAGUACUGAAGAAAUGGAAGUCUACUGUAAGAUGCAUCUGGUAUCAUUCAUUCUUCAAAUGGCUGCCAGUUCACAUGUUACAGCAUUCUGGUUUGUAAUGAUAGUAAAGAAUUUUAAACUUGCUAUUUAAAAUAACUGGGUGUUUUAUGGGAAUCUAGUAGUAAUUAUAAUACCUUGAAAGUUUACAUCAGAAAAGUCAUACCAAGCCAGCUGUGGUGACAUAUGCUUGUACUUCCAGUAUUUGGGAAGCAGAUGCAGGACGAUCAGGAGUUCAAGGGCACCCUGGGGCUAAAUGAGAGCCUGUCUCAAAACAACAAAACCCUACAAAAACAAUGAAUUUGACUUUACCAAAAGAAUCAACCAAUGGGCUUGUAUUUAUUUUCAUAUAAACCUUAUAUAGAUGGAACAUCAAACAGGCAGUAAAAGUCUUUUGACAAGUAAGAUGCACCCAAGGAAGACUAAAGGUGCAGGUACAGGAAAGAAAGGAUUGAAAUCCAGUUUUACAUGUGUCCACUAUGUCUCCAGACAGUUUCAUAUUUAGUGCUUAGGUAUAGCAAAUUAUAGACUUGUUAGGCCCAUUUGAUAAUUGGUUCAAUGAUGGCACAGUAUUUGCCACUUGUCUUCUUAGGCCAAUGGCAGGUUUCUUUACUCUCAAGUGUUCUCUCAUUCAGAUUCUACUCCUAGCUUCCAAGUUCAUUUUCACCAGAGUUGUGCUGCAGUGCACUCUAAUAGCUUGACAAAACUUUUUUUCAGGGGGUUGGAGUUAUCUUAAAAAUAAAUUACUCUAAGAGACAUUGGGAAGCUACCCCUCAAUACAUAACCUGUGAAUAGCUUAACCCAUCAUUCCUUAGAAAACUCCAGAAUCUCUCCAUAUAGCUGCCAACCAUGCUUACACCUGUGUUAAUUGCUAUGUGUGCUUGAAGUAGCUGUUCUUUUUAAGAUGUUAUGUAAGUCAUAUUGUCAGGUAUACAAUCUAGUCUUCCUUCCAUGUUUGGUGAAAUCUCACUGAACAGGAAAAAUAGCAAUAGCUAACAACAUCUGCACAGCACCUUACAGUUUGCAAAGAACGUUCACAUAUUCUUGUCUGAGUUUGCAUAGUGAACAUGUUAACAGAGAUGUCCCUUGAAGUCAAUGCUGAGUGUUAGAAUUUUCAGUCACCAGUGUGACCAGUGGUGCUAUGGCCACUGACUGGGGGUGGGGUGGGGGGUGGAAGUGCCAACGUGCUGUCUGUAAAACUUGUGUCAUCACAAUGGGGCCUGCAUUUCUUAGCCACUUGCUUCAGACUGACUUGUUAAGUGAUGCUUUUCUAGUUGUAUCCCGAAUAGGUUUUGUAUUCAGUAUAUCGUAGCCUGUAGUUUGUAUUAAUUUACCACUUGCUGUCAUUAAAAAAGUAUCUGUAA